AUGGCGUCUAUUCCAGAUGUCGAGCGGCCUGACGUACGCCGGAGCUCCCGCAUUUCCCGGGCGUCUCUGAACCAGGACUGGGCCAAUCUAGAUGAGUAUGGCAAGCUUGUCAAAUAUGUGUCUACUUUCCGUGAUGCAAACGCAGAAGCCCAAGAUGAAGGCGAUUUUGUGGAGAAACGAGUCUGGUAUGCCCCAUGGAAGAAGCGGAAGGUUCAUAUCAAAAAGCUCGAGGGCGAAUCUGGCAAGUUUCCUGAAGAAUGGACCUUGACCGAUAUUCGUGAGGGUCUGUCCAGCGAAGAAAUUCCACGGCGCCGUCAGCGGGCUGGUUGGAACGAAUUGUCAUCUGAGAGGGAAAAUCCUAUUGCCAAGGUUCUUUCUUACUUCCGGGGUCCAAUUCUAUAUGUCAUGGAGUUGGCUGUUUUACUCGCUGCUGGUCUGGAUGACUGGGUCGAUUUUGGUGUCAUAAUCGGUAUCUUGUGCCUUAAUGCCACUGUGGGUUGGUAUCAGGAGAAGCAGGCUGCCGAUGUGGUUGCAAGUCUCAAGGGAGAUAUUGCCUUGCGAGCACAGGUCAUUCGUGAUGGUGCUCAACAGGAAUGUCUCGCGCGAGAGUUAGUUCCAGGUGACGUGAUCAUUGUUGGUGAAGGCUCAGUGGUGCCUGCUGAUUCCAAGGUUAUCUGUGACUUCAAUGAUCCCAACGGCUGGGAAGAGUUCAACCAGCUUCAAGAACAGGGAAUGCUCGGCGGAGGCUCUGAUUCUGAAGAUCAAGAUGAAGAGGCAAAAAAGGCUGUGGAGGAAGUGAAUCAAGGUGAUGGCAAAUCCAAAGAAGAAAAUGGAGGAGGAGAGGAAGAAGAACCAACACCUCCUCGCAGACGUGGCUAUCCCAUUCUGGCCUGCGACCACUCUGCCAUUACAGGAGAAUCCCUUGCUGUGGAUCGUUAUAUGGGGGAUAUGAUAUUCUAUACAACCGGAUGCAAGCGUGGCAAGGCCUACGCGGUAGUUCAAACUGGCGCAAGAACUUCUUUUGUCGGCCGCACCGCAACAAUGGUGCAAUCUGCACAAGGCGCCGGUCACUUCGAACUUGUCAUGGACAAUAUCGGAACUUCUCUUUUGAUUCUUGUCAUGGCUUGGAUUCUUGCCGCAUGGAUUGGUGGAUUCUUCCGACAUAUUCCCAUUGCUUCGCCUGGUCAGCAGACUUUGCUUCACUACACCCUGUCUUUGCUCAUCAUCGGUGUGCCUGUUGGUCUUCCGGUUGUGACCACUACUACCAUGGCUGUUGGUGCUGCUUAUCUGGCGAAGAAGAAAGCCAUUGUGCAAAAGCUGACUGCGAUUGAGUCCCUGGCAGGAGUUGAUAUCCUUUGUUCUGAUAAGACUGGAACCCUGACUGCGAACAAACUGAGUAUUCGAGAUCCCUACGUGGCCGAAGGUGUCGAUGUUGACUGGAUGUUUGCGGUUGCUGCGCUUGCAUCCUCGCACAAUAUUGAAUCUCUUGAUCCAAUCGAUAAAGUCACCGUAUUGACUCUCAGGCAAUACCCUAAGGCACGAGAGAUCAUGCGCCGCGGCUGGAAAACCGAAAAAUUUACGCCGUUUGACCCAGUAUCCAAGCGGAUUGUUACAGUUGCUGUCUGUGACGGUGUACGGUAUACAUGCACCAAGGGCGCUCCGAAAGCAGUGCUUCAGCUGACGAACUGUUCUAAAGAGACAGCUGAGUUAUACAAGACUAAAGCUCAGGAAUUCGCACACCGAGGCUUCCGCUCUCUUGGGGUUGCCGUUCAGAAAGAAGGGGAAGAUUGGGUUCUACUUGGAAUGCUGCCUAUGUUCGAUCCCCCUCGAGAAGAUACCGCUCAUACAAUCAGCGAAGCACAGAACCUUGGUAUCAGCGUGAAGAUGCUCACGGGAGAUGCCAUUGCUAUUGCAAAGGAAACCUGCAAGAUGCUGGCAUUGGGAACUAAGGUGUAUAACUCGGACAAGCUUAUUCACGGCGGUCUCAGUGGAGCCAUGGCCAGCGAUCUUGUCGAAAAAGCUGAUGGCUUUGCAGAGGUGUUCCCAGAGCACAAAUAUCAAGUCGUGCAGAUGCUGCAGGAGCGAGGCCAUUUAACCGCCAUGACCGGAGACGGAGUGAACGACGCACCGUCUCUCAAAAAAGCCGACUGUGGCAUUGCCGUCGAAGGAGCAUCCGAAGCUGCGCAAACUGCAUCAGACAUUGUAUUUCUCGAGCCUGGAUUAUCGACCAUUAUUGACUCGAUCAAGGUCGCGCGUCAAAUCUUCCACCGCAUGAAGGCGUAUAUCCAAUAUCGCAUUGCACUUUGCUUGCAUCUCGAAAUCUACCUCGUAACUUCGAUGAUCAUUCUUAAUGAAAGCAUUCGUGUCGAGCUCAUUGUCUUCCUGGCUUUAUUCGCCGAUCUCGCAACGGUUGCUGUGGCCUACGAUCAUGCCUCCUUUGAACUGAGACCUGUUGAAUGGCAACUCCCAAAGAUCUGGUUCAUUUCGUGUUUGCUAGGUGUACUCCUCGCCCUGGGUACGUGGGUUGCACGAGGAACAAUGUUCCUCAAAAACGGAGGCAUCAUCCAAAACUGGGGUUCCAUUCAAGAAGUUCUCUUCUUGGAAGUGGCGCUCACGGAGAAUUGGCUCAUUUUCGUGACACGCGGGAUUGACACUUGGCCAUCCAUCCACCUAGUAACCGCGAUUCUGGGUGUGGAUACUCUGGCCACGAUCUUCUGUCUUUUCGGUUGGUUCAGUAACGAGGAUAUGAAGACCAAACCAGCAGACAAGUUCGUCGAGACGAGAAAUGGGUGGACUGAUAUCGUUACUGUCGUACGAAUUUGGGGCUAUUCCCUUGGGGUGGAGGUUGUCAUUGCCUUGGUAUACUUCGUUCUGAACAAAAUCAAAUGGCUCGACAAUCUUGGUCGUGCUCAGCGCGACAAGGGGGAGAUGAAGAUUGAGAAUAUGCUCGCGCACUUGUCUCGUCUAACCCUUGAGUAUGAGGAAGCAGGUAAGCCGAAGGGCCGGUUCUGCUUGACGGCAAGCAAGGAGGAAGGGGAGGCUGAGUGA